CCCAUACCAUUAGUUGCAUGUGGCUCUGGUUCAGACAUUCUGCAACUAUUUUGGGUCCGCAUUUACUUUGCUUUCUAACGGCUUCUGGUGGCGCCGGGAAUGCCUCCCUUUUUGCGUUUGGCAUGGUGCCAUCCCUGUUUCUGGUCUUUCCCUUGAGGCGAUCCCAUCGCCAAAACAUUUAAGGCAACCGAAAUAUUAUGCUCACCGUAUGGAGGUUUGUCUUUGCAAAUGUGUGUUACGUUGGCUUGGCAUUGUGCCAUCUUUCUCCCGGUGCCCUUGCCGCUCCUGAAAAGAUGCCAUCACAGAAUCGCUGGCAACCGUUGCCUGGGCACUUCUUCUUGGCUUUGUCCAAGCAAACAAGCGGCGAUUAGCAGCAAAUCCUGAGGUGAGUCCCCUUGUCUUUGACUAAGACUGUUCUUCACCGAAAGCUUUGAUCGUUUUGGAUAUGCCAUGCCUGAAGGCUGGCAUGGUGCCCGCUGGCUGGCAUGGUGCCCGCUGGCUGGCACGCUUUCGCUGGCAUUGAGAGAAAGAAACGAUGAUAAAUUAACGGAAUUCCGGAUUUUUCGCCGCCGAUUUUUUCGUUUGAUAAUCGGUCAUCACUGAGUAUCACCUUACUGUUUUGUAGUAUCAUCCACUUCGCCAUUUAACAUCCUUCUUUGCUUCCCGUCAUCCAUUUCCAUCUUAGUCAUCCUGUGUCUGCUGGCAUCUUGCUCACUUCUAUGCUCUGCUGUAAUCUCAGAAUUUCUAAAUCUGCAUUUCUUCGCCCGCUCUGCCGUUCGUUUCGCCCAGUUGUGCCCGUGCCAAGGUGGCACCAUGGUAGCAGUAUGGAGGUCUGUUCCUGUUCCUCUUCCUCUUCCAUUCUUAUUCUCCUCGCCCCUUCGCCCGUGCCCAUGCCCGCCCCGCUCAAGUCCUGACUGGAUGGCACUGUGCCAACCUGCCACCGCCAUCGCUCUCAUUUGUAGCUCAUCCCUCCGUUGCCCUUCCCCCUGACUCUAUAUUUCCAUCCCUCUCUCCUUCCCUCAUUUCAUUCAUCCACUUAUUGAAUCAUUUACCCUCUGUGUGUAUGAAAUACUGCAUUUGUAUGUUUACACAACAUUAGCCGAUUAACACAACUUUUCAUUUCUUAAUGCGUGCAGAAUAUUGGCGGUCUUUGUGGUCAUUUGGGAGACUUUUUUGGCACCUGAAGGAAUGCUCUGAGUGACUGCAAUGUAGAUAAUUACCGCUGCAGUUACUUAUUCCACCGAGACAAGAGGAGGAAAAGGAAGAGAGCCCUGAGUUUGGAUAAAGCUUGUGUUGUUUUAAUUAACUUUACCAACCCCCAACAUGUGUGCAUCUUUAACAUCUCUUGUGCAGGUUUUUGUUUUAGCACACACACUAUACAAACAGACAUACGACUUAUCCGAUUAUCACUAAAAUCAAUUGUGUACAAUUGACCUUCCCCACUAUUUCUAAGAUGACCCUUACUCCCUUGUUUUCUUCUUCUCCUUUUUUAAAUCUCUUGUGUCAAACAAAAGCUGCCAGUGGUGGUGGAGCUAUUAAGCAAAUACUCUCAUUAGAACACAAAACAUAAUUAAUAUGUAAAUGAUGUGUGUAAUUUAUGCAUGGUCUGACAGACUUGUUCUCUUUUCAAUUCUCCAUUGUAUUCCCUCUAUUUAUAUCCCCUUUACUUAAAACUUCACACUCUUACGCCAAUGUUCCUCUUUUCUUAGACCACAUACUGUGAAUGAAUCCGUGGGGGAUGUCUUGAGGUCUUUCCUAUUGUCUCUUUUUUUGUACACAUUUCUCCCUGCCUUUAACCAUGGUUUAUAGUUUCUAAUAGUAUCUCUGAGUCUCUGUUUUCCCUGCUUGCCUCUCUCUGCUCACAGCCUGUCCUCUCCUAAAACAAACCCUGCAGUGACGCAUUAAACCAACAACUGAGUGUUUGAACAAGGUCUUUCUUCCAGGAAUAUGAAUACUGAAUAAUCUAUCCACUAAAUAACAUCCACACUGCACUGUGUCGUAUUCUGUGUUUUCUCUUUGUCUGUCCCUGAAUAUGUUGAUCUUAAUGUGUGGUCCAAACCAUGUGGUAAAUUGAAGAAUGUCCUGAUAGACGGUGAGUAGCCUUGCUCCUGUCUAGGAUAAACACCUAUAAUACGCUGGCUCCCUUGGCAAUCACCAUAGCAACAAACCAUGGUACCCACGUGAGUUGCAUAAUAAGAUGUUCUCCAAGACCACAGACCAUAAAGCGGCGACAAACUAGACACCUGCAGUAAUGGAUGUGAAUCAGAAAACAACAGUUCAAAUGUAAAAUGUCACCUCCGACUCAUUCCAGACCAAUCCUUUCUAUUUAUCAAUAGGCUCACAUCACACCACACAACACACAGCCUUUAUUAGAUGCUCAUGCACCUUCUCUCUGUCUCUCCAGACCUUAACAGGUGCUGAUGAGCCACAGUCAAUGAUUGUAAUGAGCUAUCGAUCACCGUGGGAAAACCAAGGGACAGAGAGGGUGAGGGAGGUAGGGGGAACCAGAGGACACACACACAGACAGAAGGAGGUGGACUGCCAGAAAAGAAAAAAACUUCAAAUGAGCUAAAUGGAGACAAGCUACCCAAGACAGGGUAUCAAUACUUGCUUUAAUCAAGUCCUUAUCUCCUAUUGUUCUGCUUAAAAUAGAAUAUAUGGGGAAGGGCUGUCUGCCAGCGCAGGUUGAAGGGAGGUUUUGAACCCAGAGUAGCUUCUGGACGGGCUGAUCUGCUCAGGAUGACCAUGCAGACUCGUUUGUCGUGACCGGGUCCAGAUGCCCGGGAAUGGCACUGGUGCAGUAUCUCUAUUUUCUUCUUUUUGUGCUGUGUGCAUGGAGUGGAGGCAGACAGCUUUAGGGAAGGGGGAGGUGCGUUGUGUGUGUUGGCUGGCGUUUCAGAUAAUGAAAUGCAGCAGGGAACAAAGAGCUGGGGGCCCCUAUUCUCUGUGCUGCAGCUUCAUUUUCAGUCCCGUUAGUCUAUGAUUCUUCCAUACCCUCUUUCUUGUGUGUAUGCGUGUGUGUUUAUGUUUGUAUGAGCAGUUUGUUGUGUACACCCGUGUCCCCUCCUCCUCCUGUUAGUAUUCUGCAUGGCAGAUCCCCCUAAUGUAAUAACUGUGUCUGCAUGUCUAAUUUACAGCAGGAGAGAGUAAAUAGCCUGUGGUUAAUUACAGUACGUGUGUGUGUGUGUGUGUGUGUGUGUGUGUGUGUGUGUGUGUGUGUGUGUGUGUGUGUGUGUGUACGGGUGUGUGUGUGUACAGGUGUGUGUGUGUGUACGGGUGUGUGUGUGUCUACAUACGCGUGGGUGUGUCAGAAUGAUUUAUGAGUUGCAAAUAGCUACACCAGUGGCCCGUUUCUCCUCACUUAGUUUUUAAUCUGUCUUUCCAUUAAUUUUCCUGGAGACGUUAUUAUGGUUUUAUAACGGUGUGCACGAGGAUACAUAUGUGAGUGCACGUAUUUGUUAAUGAGACAAAGGUGUGGACAUUUUGUGAGGAUAUAGGCUAGUUGGGCACCUGAGCUGUACUUUGCUUUUCCCUCCUUAGAGAACUCCAUUUGCCUUCCUUCCUUUCCCUCCUUUUUUCCAUUGCUUCAUUCACUCUCUUCAUUGAGAGCCACAAUGAACACAGAUCUUUAUUGACAGUACACGGUAGAACAUGGAAACAGCAGGUCAAUCCGUUUAGCCCAAGGGCCGAUACACCAAUUCACCAAUUUGUCAGUGUUAGUUUGAGAGAGAAAAGCAGCUAAUCUCUCCUCUCUGCUCUCUAUUGAUCACACACUUAGACUCCACUUCUCUGUCUAAACACUAUUGAUUCUCUCUCUCUCUCAAUCUCUCUUUCUUUCUCUCUUUCUGUCUUGCUCUCGCCACAUACCACAGCUCUCAACACAUCUUCACUUCAUACACUGACUUCUGCUUGGACAGAAGUUGAAUAUUUGAGACUGUAUUUCCUAAAGCCCCGAUUCACAUUUGUAAUGAAUUCUUGAGAACAUUUUAGCAUGAACAAAACAAGACUAAAUCAAUUCAGUAAUAGUGUAAUAGAGCUUAUCAACUAUACAAAUCAUUUAAGAGUUUAUUCCACAACUGUCACAUAUUGUUCCAUGCUGUGUUCACUCAAAAGCGUAUGCAUAGUCUCAUUAAAAAAAUCAAUUACGUAGCAACCCCUACACAGCUUCAACACAGACAAUGAUUACAAAUUCACUGCUGGGUACACUGUCUCCCGGCUUUGUUUUUCAGCCUGACAUCACAGGGUGCACUUGAAAAGGACCAUAUUCCUGUCAAGAUGAAGGCUACGCAAAAAUUAUAGAAAGAUUAUCUUAAGGGAGAUGGCACCCCUACAUCAAUCCAAAUUGAACCAAAGAUCACUACUUGAUUGGUUUCAGUGUGUGUGGGGCCUUGUCACGUUUUAGUUGAGACGUAACAUUUGGAAAAGGAAUGAUUACACUGUUGAUGACAAGAUGAAACACAGAGACAGACCUAUGACACAAAAACAGGCGUUCUUCUUGCAUCUAUCAUAUCCUUCUGCCAUAAUAUCUAAUAAACGAAAUGUAAACAGGGAAUCCCAACUGUUACUCAGAUGCUUUGAAAAACAGCCAUUGGUUUCCCUAUCUUCCCUACAUAGCGUGUAUGUAUUAGACUUGUACCCCCUCUACUGGUGAUAUAAACACAUUACAAAUGUUAAACUGUGCAGGUUACAAAACAUAAACACAUGGAUUGUGUAACCUAAAAUCAGCUGUUUGAUAACCGGCACUUGGGCUAUGGUGAGGGCGUGGAGCGCAUCAUGUGCUAAAUGUUUAAUGUAUAGUUAUUAACAAUCAGUCACCUUUUAGUUUGAAAUGGCUCCUUCAGCGGCUGCUAGUGAAGACAGGAAAGCCUUGGUGAGGAGGAUGUUAAUAGACGUUUUGAUGGGUCGAGAAGAUCCAGAGGGGUUCUUUGCGAUGUGUGUGUCCGCUAUGGGGCCCCAGGAGACCCGCUCUCAGUUCCUGGCCCUCAUCCAGCCCCUGUCCACGGCCAACAGCUCCCUGCACUCCGGCCUCACCUCCAUCUACGAGCAAUAUUUCUCCAAGACUGAAGAUGAUGAACUGCAACUCGCAUUGGCUCUCUCUCUACUGGAAGUGAAAAAUGACCAGCUGUCAACCCCCAGCCAAGACUCCCCACUUCAGCCACCUAGAGACAGACCAAAUCAGAGAAGCCCUGCUCAAAAGUCAACAGUAUGUCAGCCUCAGGGAAACAGCAACACCAAGCCAGCAGAUGGAGUUGGUAGGAGAGAACACACCAUCACAACACAAACUGAAGCCAGGGUCAAGGCGAGCCCAUUACAGACAUUCAGAGAAACUGAGCUUCAGAAAAACAAUGUUGACAAAUAUAAAAUGGGGACACCGGGGACAAGUCUGGCUAGGUGUGUCUCCAGUCCGUCCGGCUUGUUUUUAAAGCAAAACACGAUUGAAAAAGGUAACCAAAUGAGGAACGAGGGAGAUUUUAAUCAACCAGAGACACCAAAACGCUCUAAGAACAGGCGGCAGAGGCGUAAAGGCGCUGGCCAGAAGGUUGUAGGUUUGCCCUGUUCUCCAUCAGCACAACCACCCGUUCUGCUGUGGUUCAGGAGGGACUUGCGACUUGGGGACAAUCCUGCUCUCAUCGGCUCUCUGGAGGUUGGUUCACCCAUCAUCCCUGUCUUCAUCUGGAGCCCUGAAGAGGAGGAGGGACCUGGGAUAACAGUGGCUAUGGGGGGAGCCUGUACAUACUGGCUUCAUCAAGCUUUGUCUUGUUUCUCUUCAUCUCUGGAGCGCAUUGGCAGCCAUCUUGUCUUUCUUAAGGCAAAUGGAUCAUCUCUGUGUACCCUUAAGGAGCUAGUAAGAGAGACGGGAGCUAGAACGGUCUUGGCUAACGCCCUCUAUGAGCCCUGGCUGAAGGAAAGGGAUGAUGAUGUAGAGUCAGACCUUCAGAAAGAUGGUGUUGAAUGCAAGAUGUACCACUCAUACUGUCUCAGAGACCCCUACUCUGUCAGCACUGAGGGUGUGGGACUCAGAGGAAUAGGUUCAGUGUCUCACUUCAUGAACUGCUGUAGACAGAACCCAGGGUCUGCAUUAGGGGCCCCUCUGGACCCUCCUGUAUCUCUACCCACACCCGCGUAUUGGCCUCAGGGUGUCUCUUUGAACGUGCUAGGCCUGGGUCGUAUGCCCCGCAGGAAGGAUGGCACAACGAUUGACUGGGCAGCUAACAUCCGCAAAUCCUGGGAUUUCAGCGAGGGUGGAGCAUGUGCCCGGCUAGAGGCCUUUCUGAAUGAUGGUGUGUAUAGAUAUGAAAAAGAGUCAGGCAGGGCAGAUGCCCCAAAUACCAGCUGUCUGUCUCCCUACCUUCACUUCGGUCAGUUAAGCCCUCGCUGGCUGUUAUGGGAUGCCAAAGGGGCGCGCUGUCGACCCCCGAAGUUCCAACGCAAAUUGGCCUGGAGAGAUUUGGCUUACUGGCAGCUGACAUUGUUUCCUGAUCUCCCCUGGGAAUCCCUCAGACCUCCAUACAAGGCUCUGCGGUGGAGCAGUGAUAGAGACCACCUGAAGGCCUGGCAGCGGGGGCGGACAGGCUACCCUCUGGUGGAUGCAGCCAUGAGGCAGCUGUGGCUGACAGGUUGGAUGAAUAACUACAUGAGACAUGUGGUGGCGUCUUUUCUAAUAGCAUAUCUCUAUCUCCCAUGGCAAGAAGGCUAUCGUUGGUUCCAGGACACCCUGGUGGAUGCAGAUGUUGCCAUAGAUGCUAUGAUGUGGCAGAAUGGAGGCAUGUGUGGUCUGGAUCACUGGAACUUUGUCAUGCACCCUGUCGAUGCAGCCAUGACCUGCGACCCCUACGGCAGCUAUGUUCGAAAAUGGUGUUCAGAACUUGCCGAGCUACCUGAUGAGCUUGUUCACAAACCUUGGAAAUGUCCUGCACCCAUGCUACGACGUGCUGGUCUGGUCUUUGGCCAAACGUAUCCUGAGCGAAUAGUUACAGAUCUGGAGGAGCGGAGGAGUCGUUCGCUGCAAGAUGUGGCUCUGGUGCGGAAAGAGUUUGGACAAUAUGUGGACAAGCGCUCAGGCUGCGACUUGGUGCCUCUGCCCCAACGCCUGGUCUCUGAGGCUCUGGGCUUGUCACACAGGGAUGACGGCGUGGUGACAGAGGGACAGCAGUUCCUGUUGCCUGUUAUCACCCGCAUGGAAUUCAAACACCAGCUAGAAGAUCCAGACGCAGAUGCCGUCUCGAAUCCUUACAAUGCUGUUCUGAAAGGAUACGUGAGCCGCAAGAGGGAUGAGACCAUCGCCUUCCUCAAUGAGAGAGACUUUACUGCCAGUGUGAUGUACGAGGGAGUUCAGAGAAAGGAGAGGCUGGAGAGCGACUACCGUAGAAUUGAGGGACUCCCUGGGCUUCCUGCGCCUCGAGGCGGGGCCAGACGAACUCCAACAGCCAAGGACCGGUUUUCUGUAGUACCUGGUGGAGCAGUCUCGUCACUCAGGUGACCCCAAGAUCGAAAGUUCACAGCUUUAAGUGACCAGUAACUAGCUGUUAAAUGGAAAAGUAUCAAAUUCUACAGAGCAAUAUUUUUUAAGUGCAAACAAAUGUGUAAAGAACAACGAACAUGCAUUGUCCUUUUCACUAGAAAGGUUGCAGUGUUUGCAAAGAGCUCAUUCGAACAUUUUGUUAAGAAUAAGUAGAAUAUGAGGUAUUGGCCAAAGGAAUGACACCAGUCUAAGUGAAACACAUGGAUCUGGGUCCACCAAUACAAUGCUGCUUCCUUUCUUAAAGUUUGUGUCCUUAUUUUUGAACACACAAUUAUGAAUUCUGUUACACAUAAUUGUACACAUACAUUGCAUAGAUUCAGUUGUUUGUCGGGAAACAAAGGUAUACUGUUUCUCAGCAGUUAAAGAUUUUUUUAAAGAGGCCUUAUUUUACAGUGUUUACAAACUGUGUGUGUACAUAACAGGUUGACUGAAAUAGUUCAGGAGAUAUGUAAAUGAGUACAUAUGCAAAUAGAUUUUGUAUUAUGUGACACUGACAUACUGUAACACAUCAGUGGACAUUUUUUUAAAACUAAACUUUUUUCGGAAAUAAAAAACGACAAAGAAAA